AUGUCCGAUCUCUGCGGCCGCCUGCGUCAUGCGAAGGACAUGGCCAGCCUGUCCAAACGCCCACGCUUCCACAGCGACGACGCCCUUGACGAGCUCGGUUACGGUGGGUGGCCCGACGGCGCCCCGCUCGGCGAGCUGCAGGUGGGAGGCAGCAGCUCCAGCUCCAGCGCGCCCGCGGCCCAGGAGGGGCAGCCUGGAGCAGCCCCCAGGCCGCCGGCCUUGCAGGUGAUGGCGCGCAUGCGCCCGAAGGCCAAAGCCAAGGCCCCUGGCAAGGCCGCCGAGGCGCGGCCGCCCGCCACCGCGCCGCUGCUGCGCCCAGCGCGGGUGCCGCAGAAUCCCGCGGCCGAGAGCGGAGGCCAGCCGAGGCCCGCCGGCGCCCACCAGGCGUCAGGCCCGGACGUCAGCGUGUGCUGGGACUUCGUGCGCAACAAGUGCAAGCGCGCCCAACUCCCCGCCGCAAGCGACGGCGGGGGAGACGUGGAGGCUCGCUGGAGCCAGUGCCACUGGUUCCGCAGGAAGUCGACGCAGUCGACGCAGCCGUAG